AUGGCGAAUAUGAAAUUAGCAAAUUGGGGGGCGAUGAUUGGUCUAGCAGCUGCUUGGAUAUUGAUAGCUGGAGGAAUCAUGGCCUUGGGAUACGACAGAGAUUGGAUUGGAAUAUAUUCAAUAUGUAUAGGAGGACUAUUAAUCCCAUUGUUAUGGCCAUUUAAAUUUAUUGGACCUUUAAAAGCAAUCUUUCAUGGACAUUAUUGGUUAUCAUCGGUUCUUUGUGCUCUUUUAUCGGUAAUAUCUUAUUUUGAAGUACCAACUCUUUUGGGUGGAGCAACUCUUUCAAUAGCAGCCAUUGUGUUUGCAGUUGCAGCAUGGAGAGGUGAACAAGGUGCUUAUUUUGAAAAGAAGAGAUAA